AUGGAGGACAAAGCUACCAUGAAUCUCAAGCAAGCAUCCGCUGAAUCCGUCUCAUAUGUCUCUUCGGCCGAUGUAUUCGCCUUCAAAGUCCGGCAGGCAACUCAGACAGCCUCCAACAGACCCUCGGAGAGCCCAUGUCUGACUUCGAUGCCGGCGGAAAUCAUCCUCAACAUCACCUCACAUUUGCAUUUUCCUGACAGAAGAGCGCUGUUAAACACCUGUCGAACCCUCCGCCACAACAAACAAGCUUGGAAGGCUGCAUACCUGAAUCAGGAGUGCGAAUGGGCCGCGGCGCUGAAGGAGGUAGUGGAGGGCCACGGCCCGCUGAGACGGUUCAUCAGCCGGGAGGACCUCAUCGAAGACCUUGCGGAAGACAACCUCAAAGCACUCGGCUAUACGGACGCAGACGUCAGAGCUCUCGCCAGUGACCGUGCGUUCUGUUGUUUUGGGUGCAAUCGCCUACUCAGCGCAGAUAACUUUGCCACAAAUGGACGAUUCCGGGACAUGAACAGACCGGUUCCUUACAUGGACCUGGACGAAAUCUUCAAUGCGACUCACCCCAACUCUGGCAGUCGCAGAUGCAUGGACUGCCUUGGUCAGGAGGGUUUGCCAAAUCCCGAUGAGCCAUGGCUUAUUCACGUGGCUCACCAAGCCACUCUCAUGCACAAAGGCUUGAUGGAUAGAGGAUAUUGCCGCCGAUGUCGUCAGGUCUUCGAAGAGCCAUAUGGUGACAUAGACCGACGUCGUCGCCGAGAGCUCACAUGUGAGGAAUGCUGGGAUGCGGACCCAGAGCAAAUGGCUUGGGCUGCACGAAGAGUCGACUGGGAGAAUUGA